AUGGCAAAAAGAAUUUUUAUAAACAAUAUAAAUUCUUAUAUAUCUCAAGCAAUCUUCAAUGAAUUGAGAAAUGACAUUAAUGACGAAGGUGAAAAGAAUGAUGAUGCUAAUCUUAUCUUCGGUACUUACAUUGACAGAGAUAGUUCUGAUAAGCCAGAUGGCAUUACUAAGAUGCUUAAGAGAUCUAAACCAAGAUUGACAAUGAAGUACUUAAGUGAAUGUGAUUUGCUAGUAUAUGAUCUACAUGCUGGUAAUCCAAGAGAUGUUGAUCUUGCUCUUUAAGGUAUUUUAGCAAUAAUUAAUCUUUUAGCUCUUAAAAAGCACAAUAUUGAAGAAGAAAAAGUUCUAAUCCUUAUAUCUUCACUUAUGGUUUGGAACAAAACUCCUAAUAAGUUAAAGGAAAUCAAGGAAGGGAAAGAAGGUGAAGAAUAAGAGUAAGAAAAUCCUGAACAAGAAGGAGGAGAUCAACCAAAGGAAGAGGAAGCUGCAAAAGAAGAGAAAGAUGAUGAGGACAAUGUAAGCAGAGAGGGAAAGGAUGAGCAAGUUGAUGGAGAGGAUUAAUAGCAUUAGGAAGAAGUUCCAGUUCAAAAAGCUCCGCCUAAGCCUAAGAAAUUUAUUCAUCUACCUUUCAGUGAGGAAGACUAUCAAACUAGAAUUCCAAGUGCUGAAUAUGAGGAAAUCAAGAGAAUAGAAGAUGAAAUCCUGGAAUUCAAGAAAGAUAAUGUCAAAACCUUUGUUAUUGCCUCAGGUAUAAUGUACGGUAAAGGAGAAAGCAUUUUCAAUAAUCACUUCAAAAGAGCAUGGCUAUAAAAUCCAAGAAAACUUCCAUAUGUUGGUGAGGGUAAAAAUCUUGUUCCCACUGUGCAUGUCACCGAUCUUGCUAGAAUGGUAAAGAAAGUCUAUGAAUCAAAGCCAGAGAAACAGUAUAUUUUUGCUGUUGAUAAUACUAAAAGACCAACUUAAAAAAGAUUAAUCCAGGCUAUAUCAAGUGGAAUCGGUACCGGCUUAAUUGAAUCAUUAGAUUAUCCAGAUCAUCCCAAAAGAUACCAUCCAAAGAAAACUCCACUAUAAUUAGAGCUUGAUUGGAAGAUUCCUUUGAUGCUUAAUCUUAAAUUGAAACCAAGUGCCUUAUUCGUUUCAUAAAAUGAAGAGGAAGAACCAGUUGAUUUUAACUGGCAUAGUAAAAAUGGCCUCAAAGAUAAUAUCAAUAUUGUAAAGGAGGAAUUCUAGAAUGAAAGAGGAUUAAAGCCAGUUAAGAUCUUUAUUACUGGACCUCCAGCAUCAGGAAAAUCAUUCUAUGGCAAACAAUUAGCAGAGCACUAUAAUGUUCCACAUAUUCAUGUCGGUAAAAUGCUAGAGGAUAUUGCUCAAUGGGACUAAGAAAGAGAAGACACAAUUAGAAAGAAAAGGGAAACAAAAAGAUUAAAGAAAGAAGCAGAGGAAAGAGAAAAAAUGAUAUAAGAAGAAAUUGAAAGAGAAGCCAAAAGAUAGGCUAAAUUAGCUAAAGGAGAAGAUCCUGAUGAUCAUGAGAAAUCAGCGAGAGGUGAGGAAAAACCUGCAGAGGGUCAAGCUGAUUAACCACCUGCUGAAGGCUAAGAGGAAGGUGGUGAAGAUGCAGCAAAGCAGAAGUAGCAAAAAGAAGCAGUAGAGUCUGAUUCGGAUGAUGACUGGAAAGAAAUCGAAAUCAAGAAGAAAAUACUUGAGUGGAAAGAUCAAUAUCCUGAUCAAAGAUUCUCAGAAGAUCUUAUGAAUGAAGCUGUUAGAUGGAGACUUAAUCAAAAUGAUUGUCAAAACAGAGGUUAUGUCUUAGAUGGAUACCCAAGAACCUAUAAACAAGCCAAAGCAGUGUUUGAGGUAGUACCUGGUAUUCCAAAAUAAAAUGAAGCCCCAGUUGAGGGUGAAGAAGGAUAGAAGGAAGAGAUAAGUGAGGAAGAAAUGAAAAGACUUCUUAAACCAGUUUUCUAAAAGAAUAUCUAUCCUGAUUCUGUUGUACUAUUAAGAGGAACAAGAAAUCAAGUUUAAAGUAUUGUUGAUAAAAUGUCUAAUGAGGAAGUUUAAAAAUCUCACUGGAUGCCAUAUGAUCUUGAAAGAAGAUAUAACGAUUAUUAGAGUAAUAACAUGAUAGCUAAUUUCAAAGCUGCUCUUGACCCUGCAAAUGGUGUAGUAUUCCCAACUAUAAGAUUUUUCCAAGAGAAUAAAACUGAAAUUUUCGAACUCGACUGUGAUGGAGAAAAAUUUGAGAUGUUUGAAUCUAUGAGGAUCUACAUUGAGAGAGAUGGUAGACCUUAUAACUAUCUCUCUUCCUUAGAUGAAUUAAAUCACAAGAGAGACGAGGUAUUAAGUGUUGAAGAACAAUCAAGGAAUGCAGAAAAUUAGAAAUUAAAGGAGGAGGAAGAAAAAACUGCUAAAGCCAAAGUAGAUGAACUUGAAAAAUUAGCUGAUAAAAGAUGGGCUGAAAUAAAGAAGCAUAUGUAGGAAUUAGAAUAAUGCGAUAAAUUGAACAUGAGAUAAUUCUUAAUGAAGUUCAUUAUCCCAGUACUAACUGAAGGAAUGAUUGAAGUGUGCAAAGUUGGGCCUAUUGAUCCAGUUGACUACUUGGCUGAGUACAUUUUCAAAAGAAGCUCUGAAUUCAGAAACUAAGUUUGA